GACUCGGUCGACAUCAGCUGAAUCUGAGAGGACUGCAGACUAUGCCUCGGAGUCCCACUUCCAGUGAGGAUGAGAUGGCUCAGAGUUUUUCUGACUAUUCUGAGGAGUCCGCCUCCGACACCUCCAAAGAGGAGACCAUCUAUGAAACCAUAAGGGUGACGACUGAGCCGUCUCCCAGCCAUAUGGAGGACAUCCAAUCCAACUCACUGGUUAUAAGGGUGGUCAUCCCAGACCUGCAACAGACGAAGUGCAUGAGGUUCAACCCAGAUGCCACAGUGUGGGUUUCCAAGCAGCGCAUCCUGUGCACGCUAAGCCAGAGCCUGAAGGAUGUGCUGAACUACGGCCUCUUCCAGGCCGCCAGCAACGGCCGACAUGGCAAGUUCCUAGAUGAGGAGCGGCUCCUGCGCGAGUAUCCACAGCCAAUCAGCAAGGGUGUGCCGUCUCUGGAGUUUCGGUAUAAAACCAGAGUCUACAAAGAGCCCAGUAUAGACGAGAAACAGAUUGCCAAACUACACACGAAGGCCAACUUGAGGAAGUUUAUGGAUUAUAUCCAAAAUCACCAGUUAGAGAAAGUCUCUAAAAUGUUGGAUAGAGGACUGGACCCAAACUACCAUGAUCCAGAAACAGGCGAGACUCCUCUCACAUUGGCUGCACAACUGGAGAACAUGGCUGAGAUCAUUAAGGCAUUAAGAAAUGGAGGAGCUCACCUGGACUUCAGGGCUAAAGACGGCAUGACGGCACUACACAAAGCAGCUCGCUCGAAAAACCAAGUUACACUCACGACUCUGCUGGAGUUGGGGACGUCGCCGGACUACAAGGACAGCCGAGGCUUGACAGCUCUAUACCACACCGCAAUGGUGGGUGGAGACCCAUACUGUUGUGAACUCCUCCUCCAUGAACACGCCUCCGUCUGCUGCCAGGACGAGAAUGGCUGGCACGAGGUUCACCAGGCUUGUCGACAUGGCCAUGUCCAGCACCUUGAGCACCUGUUAUUCUACGGAGCAGAUAUGAGUGCCCAGAAUGCCUCUGGAAACACCGCCCUGCACAUCUGUGCCCUCUACAACCAGGAUAACUGUGCUCGGGUGCUGCUGGUCCGGGGAUCUGACAAGGAGGUGAAGAACUACAACAGCCAGAGUCCAUUUCAGGUUGCUAUCAUCGCUGGAAACUUUGAACUGGCUGAGCUCGUCAGAAACCAUAAAGAGAGUGACGUUGUGCCUUUCCGCGAGGCCCCAGCGUAUUCCAAACGGCGACGAGGGCCUCCGGCCAGCAGCCUGGCAGCCCCACGAGUACUGUUGCGCUCCAACAGUGAUAACAACCUGAGCGUGAGCGUGGUGGGUCCCGAGCAGCCCCCCAGCCGCAGCCUCUCGCCCCAACUCCUGCAGCAGAUCCAGCACAGGAGCCCCAAUGGCAUGGUGAGGACAGCGGGUCGUGGGGCCCGGGCCAGCUCUCGUGGACGUUCACCCUCCCUCAGCCGCCUGGGAGAGGAGCAGCGUAGGCAACAGCAGAGAGCCAGUGUUGGCAGUCUGGAUGGGAUGGGCUUUAGGAGGAAGCUGUACAGCGCCGUGCCUGGACGACACUUUGUGGCCGUGAGACCCUACCAGCCACAGGCUGAGGGUGAAAUCACGCUCUACAAAAAUGACAGGGUCAAAGUUCUCAGCAUCGGCGAGGGAGGUUACUGGGAGGGCAGUGCUCGCGGCCAUGUGGGCUGGUUCCCCGCUGACUGCGUGGAGGAGGUUCCCAGCAAGUCCAGCGAAGAGCGACCGCAGGGCCGAGUGGACCGGGCAGACAGGAAGAAGCUGUUCAGACACUACACUGUGGGCUCCUACGACAGCUUCGAUGCCUCUAGUGACUGCGUGAUAGACGAAAAGACCGUGGUCCUGCAAAAAAAGGACAACGAGGGAUUUGGGUUCGUGCUCCGAGGAGCUAAAGCGGACACGCCCAUCGAAGAGUUCACUCCUACUCCUGCUUUUCCUGCCCUACAGUACCUGGAGUCAGUGGAUGAGGGAGGGGUUGCCUGGCAGGCAGGGCUUCGGACAGGGGAUUUCCUCAUUGAGGUGAACCAGGAGAACGUGGUGAAGGUGGGCCAUAGGCAGGUGGUGAAUAUGAUCCGACAGGGAGGGAAUCGACUGGUCAUUAAGGUAGUGACAGUCACCAGGAACCUGGACCCUGACGACACCGCCCGGAAAAAAGCUCCACCUCCUCCGAAGAGAGCCCCUACGACUGCCCUCUCUAUGCGCUCCAAGUCUAUGACAUCUGAAUUAGAGGAGUUAGUGGAUAAAGCCACCUUGAGGAUAAAGAAAGGUGAUACUCAGCCUUCUAUUGUUGAGGGUCUGAAGAAGAGGAUUGUUUUUCAAGUCACACUAAAUAAAGUAGACGAAAUGGCACCAUCGCAGAAGACCGGCGGGGAGAAUGCGUCAGCGGACAUGAGGGUGGCUACUAUCAAGCCGCGACCCUCCAGUCGCUGUUUGGCAACACCCACAGAUUUCAAUUCCAUGUAUGAGCGGCAGGGUGUCGCUGUUGUACCUCCUACUGUUCCUGGUGGCCCCCAGGCACCAUACCUUGGUGUACCAAAGGACCCAAUGAGGAGGCAGAAGUCUAUUGGAAACACGGAAGAGGAGAAGCAGUUCCUGACUCCUCCAUUGCUGAAGUUCACCCGGAGCCUUUCUAUGCCUGACACAUCAGAAGACAUCCCCCCUCCACCUGGCAUUUCCCCCCCAUCGCCUCCUUUCAACCCCAGUGCCCCAAUGUCACGGGGUUAUGGUGCCGGCCAGCCAGGCUUUGCUCAGCCUCUAGCAGCUGGCAGAGGGUAUGGCACCACAGGCACUAUCCUCAGAGACCGGGGAGGGUUCCAUCGGCAGAACUCAGAACAGUACGACCCUCAGAAUUCUGCAGCAAGCCAGCAGAAUGCCCGCAGCCGAAGUAGGGCAGCCGUGCCCGAGAACCCAUACUCUGAAGUUGGCAACAAGAUGGCAUACAUCCCUGCCAAGCCAGCGCGGAGGAAGGGCAUGCUGGUGAAGCAGCCCAACGUGGAGGAUAGCCCCGAGAAGACCUGCUCCAUCCCCAUCCCCACCAUCAUCGUCAAGGAGCCAUCCACCAGCAGCAGCGGCAAGAGCAGCCAAGGCAGCAGCAUGGAGAUUGAGACGAGCGCACCCGAGCACCCAGGGCAGCUUCGGCCCGAGGACACGCUCGGCGUCAACAAUCCAUUUGCCGCUGCCAUCGCUGGUGCUGUGCGCGACCGUGAGAAGCGGUUGGAAGCACGCAGAAACUCACCCGCCUUCCUGUCCACGGACCUCGGAGACGAGGACUUGCCCGCCCCAAUCCCACGCUUGCGCCACUCAAAGUCCAUUGACGAGGGCAUGUUUGGAAACAAUGAGGGGCUACGGACACUUGUGGCUCCGCCCACGUCACUGCUGGCCACUCCGCAGGGCUGCGGAGGCGAGAGCAGCACAGGUGGAGGCGGAAGCAGUGCGGGCAAUGUGACAGACUUCAACAGCCCUGAACCCACUAUUGUGCGUGAACCUCUGAGCACACGCACGAGAAACUGCCCUGACCUGGACAGUCCAGUCAGCCUCCCGGUGACUAUAAAGACCUACAGCUCCAAUGGUGGAGGAUACCACCAUCCAGUCACAGGCAAGGCUCUGGAUCCCAAUUCCCCACUAGCCUUGGCCCUGGCUGCACGGGACAGAGCCAUGAAAGAGCAGACACAGCCCCCUCCACCGCCGCCCAAGGUGGAGCCACACAAACCAGACCUCAACCAGCCACUCUUUAUUGACACCAAGCUCCGUUCAGGCAUUGAAGCCACCUUCGCAACCUCGGUGGGAGCAGGCAGGCCGGCAGGCCGUGGCGGACUUCGGAGGCAGGCAACAGAGUCCAAAUAUGAGGCAGAGGGUGCCAAAGUCAGCAAGAAGACAGAGGAAAAGAAGAACAUGCUGAUUGACAUUGUGGACACGUCACAACAGAAGUCAGCUGGCUUGCUCAUGGUGCACACAUUGGACGGGCUGAAGCCCAAGGAGAACAGUGCAGGAGAAGUGGGCAAGAGGGAGGAAGGAGGAAUUACACUACAGGAUGGUGCCCCACAAGCAAGAGAGCCGGGCCAUAAACCCCUGACCCCUCACGUCCAGCCACCUACCACGCCCCGGAUGAAAAGCAUCACGGCGGAUGGCUCGGUAGACGAGCCAAUUAAGUUGCCCUUUCGCAUCCCCCCUCCCCCCCUGGCCUCUGUGGACAUUGAUGAAGAGUUUGUGUUUGCGGAACCUUUGCCUCCUCCCCUGGAGUUUGCCAACAGUAUUGACAUUCCUGAAGACCAGGUUGCGGAGAUCCUAAAGCAGAGGAAAAACAGCAUACCUGGUGGACCCUUGCCCCCCUACCAUCCCCACGCCCCUCCGCAUGUCGGAACCGAGCCCAAGCGUCCCAUCGGGAUUUUGAACUGCAUGCCCCCACCCAGCUACCCCCCGCCACCACCUGAGAGCUUUGAACUUGUCACGGACUCAGGCAUCGAAGAGGUGGACAGUCGGAGCAGUGGAGACCCUCACUUAGAGACCACCAGCACCAUCUCUACCGUGUCCAGCAUCUCAACGCUGUCAUCAGAAGGCAGUGAGGCCCUGGACACCUGCACAGUCUAUGCAGACGGGCAGGCCUUCCUGGUGGACCGGCCCCCUGUGCCGCCCAAACCAAAAAUGAAGCCCAUCAUCAACAAGAGUAAUGCACUUUACCAGGACCCCCUGAUUGAAGAGAGCCCUGAAUGCUUCAAUCCGGCCCCGCCCAUGCCACCCCCACUCCCCAGCUCUGGCCCCAUCCACUCUGAGCCUCCCAAAACACACACUCAGCGAAGCUCCAAGCUCUGGGGGGAUCCUUCGGAGCUCCGAGGCUCCCCUUCUUCCAGUCCAGACCCCAAGGCCAACAUGAUCAGUGAGCUGAGCUCCGUCCUCCAGCACAUGAACCGAGAGAAAUCCCCCAGACAAGCAGACUCUCUUGACUCACCAACGACACCCAAGAGCUUUGCCAGCAGGGAGGGCGUCACUCCCGCCUCAGGUACUCAGCGGACCACCACAGUGACGUUUAGUAUGCCAUCCACCCCUCCUACCAGCCUGCCCCCGAACAUCUCCAGCCCCAUCUCCUCUCCGCCCGACUCAGGGCCCACCUCUGGCCGCGCCUCCUCCCUCCCAGGUUCCACCUCCUCCCCCACCCUGACAGAUGUGUUCAGCCUGCCGACCCCACCCCUGGGUGGCCCCGAGCAGCGCUUCAGCCUGGGUUCGGCAAGCAGCCGCUCGCCGUCACCGCUUACCCUCCUUCAGGCUGCCUCCAACAAGCCCUUCGCCAGCAAACCCGUCCCGCUGUGGACGAAGCACGAUGUAGCCGACUGGUUGGAGAGCCUGAACCUGAGCGAGCACAGGGAUGCCUUUAUGGACAACGAGAUCGAGGGCUCGCACCUCCCCAGCCUCCAGAAGGAGGACCUCAUAGACCUGGGCGUGACCCGCGUGGGUCACAGGAUGAACAUUGAGAGGGCCCUUAAGCUUCUCUUGGACAGAUAAGGGGGCGGUCCAGCUGCUGUCCCACACACUCCAUCCCUCUCCUCUGUUCUAUGGGCUGGGUGUCUGUCGUGAGCCCAGCAGGACCAGGACAGGAGGAACGCCCCGUGAGGUCUCUCUGGUUUUCCUGCUCGUCCUUCUCGCUGCGCUGUGCCGCUCCCAUGGAGAGGGUGCCACCUGACCACGGUUCCCGCGGUGACCGUGUCCCAGAGAUGCACGCGUGCAAGGCUCUGAGCUCCUGAGUCCACAACAAGCCAGACCACAAGUCUGUGAGGUGAAGCUCUCAGUUGUCCACACCACUUUUUGGACCACGGACCUUUUACGACCACCUUGUGUGGGCCUCUCUGACCCAGCACUGGCUGGGGCUCCUUUUCUAUCUUUGCUAGAGUUUCUUCAAAAAAUAUUUCUUCACUUAUAUGUCUGGAGUCCUAUUUCUUGAUGCAGCAUCUGUAUAAAGCUAACACACUUUGGAAAAAGAAGAAUUACCACUUUUUUGUUAUUGCUUCUUACUCCUGGUGUGUAUGAGACCCUAGCCAAAAAUGUUGGCAUUCUCAUCACGCAGUCAGACUGACACAUGCAAGCACACACACUACCUACAUGACAGCACGCAAACACAUUGUUAGCUAUGUCCACUCUCUAGACCUGUCACAUCAGGGCAGGGGUACCAGUGUAGCAGCCCCUCCUGCAUAUGUGUGCGUGUGCGUGCAUGUGUGUGUGUGCAUGUGUGUGUGUGCCAGCCAGACUGCCACCUCUUGGAAUGCUGGAAGAGGAAAUAAGUCCGAUUCAUCCUCGUCUUCCUCGCGACUGUAGGUGAGCAGGAGGGUCAAUUCAACUCUUUAUCUGCUCCAAAUAACUUUGAAUUGAAAAAGUGCCACUCCUCUUCCUCCCCUUCCCCUGUCAGUCACUUACAGGAUCUCUCUCUCUUUGGACUACCCUCCUAUCCCAAGCCAAUUCAUGACUGUCAAAAUCAUUUUUCUAUCUUAGAUCUUUAGUUUGGCAUGUCCAUUACUUUUGUUUUUCUCAUGUGUAGUGUUUGCCUGUUAUUCGGUAAAUGAUAGUAAAGCAUUCAGCUUCCCUGACUUUAAAAUCAGUCAUAAAUGCAUAGAAUACUUUUCAAAUCCAGUUGUUCAAGGAACGUUCUGUUCUAAAUCUCUGUGACCUAGCAGAGCUCAGACUGUAAGAGACUGAACGUUGACUUACUUCGCAACAGGCCCCUCCCACCCAGCCCAGUGGCGCGUGGCAACAGUAAAGCUUGGUACAAGCAUGAAGACUGCCGCUAUUUUUAACCUGACACAAAGGAGAAGUCUGAGAGCAGGACAGUAGAUGCUUCAGUGUUCUCAUCAUGUCCUCGUAUCAAGAAAGAGUUGGCAAGGGCACUAAUCUGCAUUCCUCAGCAUUAGUUUAAAGUCUGCCCGCAGCAUGAAGUUACUGCUUCUAGGGAGAGUCUCAAUCAGCCGGAGGAAGGUUGGUAUUCAGGAAAUGCCACUGGAUUUAGCAGUGGGCAAUUGGGAAUAUCAUGAGGGCAUUGCAAUUAAAAGCACAAUGCACACCACAAACAGCAAUCCAGACACGAUCACAGAUGAUCACUUAUCCCAGUGCUUCUCAUCCCGCAUCAUCAGGUAUUAUAGGCAGUGCAAAAUUCCCAAAUGGGAAGACAUUGUUUUAUAUUUACCUACUUUGAACCAUAUGAGAUGUUUAAUACUAAAAAUAUAAAAGUGUUCUAAAGACACAUAUACAGACUGACAUGCGAUUUAUAAAUUCAAACUUUGAUUCACUCUUCUGACUAUGUGGUCCAGCCAUGUUUUAGUAGCACAAUAAUACAGGCCACUUCAAGACGCAGGUAAAACCUUUUAACACCCGACUCCCAUGUGCUGUUAGUCCAACCACCCCCAGAGCAGAGAGGCGCUCUGCCCUGACAGUGGGAGGUUUUUGGAUUUUCUUCUCUUUGACGGCGAGUCCUCACAUGACCCUCCUCCCCAGAUGUUAUGUAUGAAUGGUUUAUUAGAGAUUUAUUAUAGAUUAUUAUUAGCUGGGACAGGGAGAGCCACAGGCCCUCUGUGAACGAGGUCCUACCCACGUUACGCUGCUUUGGGUCCACCCUUUUUAAAUAGAGAUUAUUUUACAAUAGCAGAGCAUGAAAGCAAAAAGCACAGUAUUUUUCAUGAUUUAUAUAGAAUUAUAUGGAAUUUUAUAAAGCUACUGACUGAAACAAGGUCACCUAAAGUGUGGUUUGCCAAAUAAAAGUAUUUUAAAAGUAUUUAAAUAAAAAGUACAUUUAUUAGAUUCCUGAGGUACUUUAAGAAGCAAUAUUUACACUUUAUGGAUUUUUUUUUUUUUUCAUUGUGAAUUUCAAGUUAAAAAUCUAUCACACAUCCUGAACCCUGUGAUUUUUAAAAUGGAAAGUUAUCGGUUAAUUGCUGUGAUGGAAAAUCAGACUAGAUGUUUGCAAGAAACAACAGCACACAGAUCUAAUGGUUGUUCCCUGCAUCUGACACAUAAUGUAAUUACCUUUAGAAAAGGACAGUUUCUGUAAAAUGUGUGUAUAUCUGACCAAAACGUCACAUGCUGUAAUGUAUGAUUAUCAUGAUAUUCAGACCCCUCCCUAGCGACUGGCCUAUCCACACAUUUACAGUAUUAAUAUAUAUAAAAAGCUAUUUUAAAAAACUUUUAUGUGAAGAGUUUAUGGAGCAACAUAUCACUACGCUAAUUUCUGUGUGGAAAUGUAGAUUUAAGUAGUAGUUAAUUAAGAGAAAUGCUGGCAUUCAGCACAUCAUGGGUCUGUCUGCUCUUGAAUGAGCAUAUACCCCACCUGACCACCAAACCCCAGUUCAAACCAACCUCUUCUGGCUUUUAGGGCUUCUAUCGAUUUCUUAUUAAACCGUUUUUAUUUCAUUUUUAUUUUUAUUUUGUAUUUUUCAUAUAUAUUAAUCUUUCUCUCACUCUAUUUUGUGUAAAACCUGUGUUUAUGUUGCUGUAAUUUUACGCUAUCCAGAUCCUCUUUAGAAUUACUGAAUUAUUGAAAUGAAAAGAGAAGUUCCUGUAACUGCACUCUUUCCCCAAAAUCCUCAAUAAUUAUUGUAUGGCAACCAAAACUGACUGUAAGAAAUAAAUAUAA